AUGGCUUGUAACCAACCUGCUACGCAUAUUCUUCGCGCGGUUAGCGACUACCUCUAUCAAUAUUCUGAAUCACCCCAACAUCUAGGUGAUGUCUCGAAUAGCAUUAUGAGCUUAUCAGAUGCAAUAUAUAAAGUGAAAGCUUCAUAUGUUCAUAACCCGCACAGUCCAGCUGAAUUUACUGAGAAACUGAUGCACAAUAUUGAUUGGAGAGAAUUGGAAACGUUUAUGAACAUGAAACAACAUCAAAAGCCGUACCCUAAGAUCUUGUUCCGAGCGCACAUGCAUGGUGAAUUAUUUCCUCGAUUUAUCGAUGAUUUCACGGAAAACUACUGUGACACAUUCGGAUCAGAUCUUCAUCUCUACCAGGAAUGGGAAGAGUUUUGUGAACUUCGAGUAUCGGUAUACGACCUAGAAGAUGAAUUGCCCAUAAUUCAGGAUUUGUCUGGUGAAAUAUCACAGCACCUCCAGAAAACUCAGAUCAACAAGGGGCGAACACCGUUAGAUACGAAUUACUACAUCUCGCCAUUUCUCUCUCUUAGCGCUGACUUCCGAUGGACGUUACAUAGAUCGUUUGAAAAGCACCAAAUCGCCACAGAUUCACAGCAAAGUGGCCUAGCGAUAUUCGAUACGUCUAAAAUGCACGAGAUAAAAGUUCGAGUAUGGCGGGUUUCAGAUUUACUUCUCUUUCUUGAUAGUAAGCCUAGGUUCAAAGGCUCCAUUAUCAGCGAAUUGUCGAGAAAAUGGGCGCAUAAUGCAGAUGAAUACCUGUGCUUAGAUUAUAUACCGAAAGAAGCUCUGCUUAACUUCGUACCCUGCAGCCAAAUGGUGAACACCGAACAGGAACCUUACAAAAUGUUUCUACGACCUUUCUUUCGAGAGAGCAAGAAUUUAGCCCACUUCAAGACAUCCGGGAUGGAGAAACUUUCGGUCGACGAUUAUCACCACCUUCUAUCAAGCUUCUUAGAGAGUCUGCUGGAUCAUGUUUCGCCAUCAAUUAAUGGAGAGCCUUUGGUUGAUCAUCUUAUCGAUCAACUAGCUGAUUAUAGGCAGUGGGGAUAUGACCUGGCCACAGAUCGUCUAAGUUUAAGGCAAAAGCUCGGGCGGCUUGUCAAUAGAGAAUACGCAUUUGGCCUAGAGUCGUGGUUUUGGGAUCCAAACUGUUCAACCAUUCUGCAGCCACUAGGUCGUCCACCGACGACGAUUUCUCCACCCCAUUUGCAGACACCGCUCCCAAAGGGUGCUAGCUCUCUUUGGGAUAUGGCUGGGUUGACUUGCAAGAGCAGCGGGGGUAAGAGCACAGACUUCAUAUUGAUCACCGAGAUUGCACUGAUUGCUCGAUUGUUGGUGAAAAGAGAGCGGAUCGUUACUCGGCCGCCAGAACUCGCACAGAAAACGCUUGGAGGACGAGCUUCUUCGAGCUACCAGAGCUCCGAUCCACAUCGACCCACACGAUCGACGCCUUGCACGGCGUACCAGACAGAUGCACGCUCCUCCAUCCCACUCCCUUGUCAAUCACUCCCGCAACCUUCGGUGGCCUUCUCACCUGACGGGGAGACGGUCGCGUCCGCCUCUGGUGAUGAUACCGUACGGCUCUGGGAUCCAGCCACGGGGGUGGGACGCUAUAUGCUGCAGGGCCACACGAGUUCAGUCAGCGCGGUGGCCUUCUCACCUAACGGGAAGAUGGUCGUAUCUGCCUCUCAUGAUCACACCGUGCGGCUCUGGGAUCCAGCAUCUGGCGUUGAAGCAGAUAAGCUGCAGUUUGACGUGGGUGUAAACACCUUGUCGCUCUCAACUAAUGGAUUUCUCGCUACUGACCGCGGCUCACUUUCUUUGAGCUGCCAGCCUCUUACCUCCCUCACCCAACAACAAGAAAAUGGGAUAUUUGUCUGUGAGAAAUGGAUAACUCGUAAUGGACAGCAAUUAAUUUGGCUUCCACCAGACUAUCGGGCAACAUGUGUGGCCACUAAUGAUAACAAUGUGGUUCUUGGACAUGUUUCAGGCCGCUUGACGUUUUUGUGGUUAAACUAA